UGAUAUAAGAUUUUUAUUCUGCAUAAUUUAUUCGACGAUUCGACAUUCGAGUUUACUGUUUUGUACUUUUGAAAUAUUUACAAAUUCAUUAGGUAUCAGUUUUUAAUGUUUGUAUAGUUUUUCCACUUGAAAUUUUAUGACGCACUACUCGACUUGGAAUAUAAUUAUUACUAGUUGACUUUGGAUUCGCUGAGUGUACCKACAAACUUGUCAUCCUCAAUUUCCGUUUGUAUUUGCCACUAGUUCAACUUUUCAAAACUGUGCGCACUUUAUAAUGUGAGAUUGAGCGCGUUCGGRCAGAACGAUAAAACAAAAAAUAAUAUCGAAACAUUAAUAUGAUCAAAGUUGAGAGACGGUUGAUACUCGCCGGACUGAUCGUCGUCUUAUUGCAAUUAGAGAAUGUGUCGACAGCACCGAAAGAGAACACCGUCAGUCAACUCAUGAUGUCAUCUGCUGACAAGUCCACCAAAUUUGGUCUGUUAAACUAUUUCAAAGACUUAGGACUGGACAAUCUUUGCAAUUUCCCGUUACUAGAUGUCAACAAUUUUAAAACUGUGGAAACUGAAUAUGCUUUUAAGUGUUUUUGUACAGUCAUUUACAACAUUAGUAAUGAAAUUAAAUACAGUCUUGURAAUGACAUUGACUUAGAAAUAGCAAAAAACAUUACUAAUAAACACAAGUUUAAAGACGAAACCAUGUAUGGUUUGUGGAAAAAUGUAACUGAAUUCUCACAACCAAUGAAAUUACUUAUGGACCCAUUGGACAAUAUAACCAAAUGGAAUAAGGUGUGUUAUAAUUUGAACAAUGAAUUACAUACGUACUGUAAAUUUUUAAAUGUAGAGGUGUUACUAUUAAAAAAUACCCGUUUGGAGAAGUCUAGACCAUCUUUAAAAGAAAAUAUUGACAAUCCGUCAAUAAACCUUAAAGAACCAGUUCUUACUAGUGCUGUUAUUGAAGAGCCAAAAAAAACUGAGGACCUACCUCAAAUUAAAGUUGAUAAAUCUCCUGAAAAUAUGAUAAACGCAGACAUUAAUCAAAAAUCAGUUGUAAUAAACAAUAAGGAUAGUAAUAAUGAUGAAGAACUUCCAGCAGAAAUACCUAAAGUUGAUAAUGCUAACAUUGAAGACGAUGAAACUACCACUGAAGAUGAAAAGCAAAUUGAAGAAAUAGAUGCCCAAACUCCAAUCGAUUCUAAACUGGAUUCAAAAUCUAGUGAUGAUUAUCCUAAAGAGAGUGAUGGUACAAUUAACCAAUCAGAGACUAAAGAAAUUGUAUCAAGAUUAGGUCCUAAGCCUAAAUUUUCAAAUCGCGCAUUUGAUGAUACAGAAGACUCACAUUUUCUUUUCUACUUCAGCAUAAUGACUAUACUAUCAAUGCUGUUUUAUUUAGCUUUAUACAAUAAGAAAAAAAUAAUUGCACUCCUAAUUGAAGGGCGGCAAAGUACUAAUCACCGAAGGCGACCAAAUACUUCUAGUUAUUCUAAAGUAGAGACUGAGGAUGGGUCAACUGUGUUUUGAUGAAACGUAUUAUCUUAARURAUUUAUAUUGCAAAAACAAAAUUAGACGUAGACUCUCAAUGUUGUGAUGUUGAGUGGUUGUUGAUUGAAAAAUGUCCUAUAACAAUAAUUAUCGGAUUUGUAAUGGAAUAUAUAUUAUUAAGUUAGAAAAAAAAACUGUGAUGAAAAAAUGUUU